CUAGACAUACGAUGUCUUCUUUAUCAUGGAUGAGUUCCUCCGGGCUUUCGACGAGUGUUCACGGGCUCCAACGAGCGAGGUCGUCGGCACCUUCCCGGAAUAAAACGUCCAGUGUACACGAACAGAAUCCUUGCUCUUGCUGCCUACAUAGCCUAUCAUUGGUUCGUAGAAUGGGUACCAUGAUUCGCAAGCAAAAUGUUUCGGUGAAAGAAAUUGUUCACGCAUAUGUCGAAAAGAUUCUCGCAACGGACACUACUACGCAAAGCUUUACAUCGUUAACGGCGGAUUCAGCACUUCAGCAGGCGGAAUAUUUAGAUAGUCUUUUCGCCUCUGGAUUAGACCCUGGCCCUCUUGCUGGGGUUCCCUUUGCAAUUAAGGAUAAUAUUUGCUAUUCGGGGUCGGCCACUACUGCUGGCUCUAAACUUCUGGAGAAACAUCAACCAGCUUACGAUGCUCACGUGCUGAGCGCAUUGAGGGCCUCUGGAGCAUUGAUAAUAGGAAAGACGAAUAUGGAUGAGUUUGGAAUGGGAAGCACGACGGAAAAUUCCGCUUUUCAGUUGACAUUAAAUCCGUGGGAUCUGACAAAGGUGCCAGGAGGCUCCUCUGGAGGUUCCGCUGCUGCAGUAGUCAUGCAACAAUGUGCUCUUGCUUUGGGGAGUGAUACCGGAGGUUCCAUUAGGCAGCCUGCCUCUUUCUGCGGAGUUGUCGGGCUGAAACCCACAUAUGGUUUGCUGUCUCGCCAUGGCUUGAUUGCAUAUGCCUCAUCUUUCGACAGCAUUGGGCCGCUGUCAUCUUCCGUUGAGGUUUCCGCACUUUUCUGA